UUCGGAUUUGUGCUAGUGUCUAGUGAUACAGUUAGAAAAUCGAUUGGACGAGAUAUCACUAUGCGUGCCAAUGUAUAGUAGCGGAGCAGACGUGUUAGAAUUUUUCAGUGUGUCGCUGAUUAGGCGAGGAGAGAAGGUGACAUUUUACUGCAGCUUUUAGGACUGUGUAUGUAGACAUAGUGAAUGAAUGCAGGGCGAAGAGGAAUCAUAUCCAUCCCAUAAUAUAUUUUCAUUACGUGCAUUGAAAAUAGAUUCAGGCAAAAUAAUUUGAAGAGAAAAUACACAUCUUUUGCAGAAGAAUCUCUCUGCGAGACAACAGCUGAUCUGCUAGUCUGUGAGGGGUCGAGCAGACGACAGAUGUCCACUUUGUUAAUGGAUGACGAUAGUUCACAUCAAGCGCGGCAUGUCUCCGUAGGAAAACGAUGCCAUGAUCAGAUGAGCCAACUUGGUUAUGACAGCAGCAUGGCAGACUACCUAAUAACUGGCGGUGCUGGAUACGUCCCUGACGAUGGUUUAACCGGGGCUGGUCUUUUUGCGAAUGGGGAUGGAAUGACAUAUAAUGAUUUCCUUAUCUUGCCAGGUUUUAUUGAUUUUCUUUCGGAAAAUGUGGACCUCACAUCAGCUCUCACACGCAAAAUUACCCUCAAGGCACCCCUUGUUUCUUCUCCUAUGGAUACUGUCACAGAAUCUAGUAUGGCAAUCGGAAUGGCGUUAUGUGGUGGCGUGGGUGUCAUCCAUCACAAUUGUGCAGCAGAGUUUCAAGCCAAUGAAGUUAGAAAAGUUAAGAAAUAUGAACAAGGAUUUAUUCUGGACCCUGUUGUCAUGUCACCCAGACAAACCGUGAAAGACGUCAACGAAGCCAAGAAGAAUUAUGGCUUCUCGGGUAUCCCUAUCACAGAGAACGGGCACAUGGGGGAGAAACUAGUCGGACUCGUGACCCAGCGAGACAUCGAUUUUCUGACCACGGAGGAAUUCAACACACCACUGGGAGAAGUUAUGACAAAAGUUGAGGCUCUGGUUGUGGCACAUAGCGGAGUAACACUAAAGGAGGCUAACCUAAUAUUACAAAAGAGUAAAAAAGGAAAACUUCCCAUCAUCAAUGAUAGUGGCGAGCUUGUAGCCUUAAUCGCUAGAACAGAUACUAAAAAGAACCGUGACUUUCCGUUGGCUUCUAAAGAUGAACAUAAACAGUUGUUAGUGGGUGCAGCCAUUAGUACGCACGAUUCCGAUAAAGACAGAUUAGAGAUGUUAGUCUCUGCCGGGGUCGACUUUGUAGUGUUGGAUUCCUCCCAGGGCAACUCUAUUUACCAGAUCAACAUGAUCAAACACAUCAAGAAAAAAUAUCAAAAUCUGCAAGUUAUCGGAGGAAAUGUCGUGACAGCAGCCCAGGCUAAGAACUUGGUUGAUGCAGGUGUGGAUGGUCUGAGAGUGGGCAUGGGUAGUGGGUCUAUAUGCAUAACACAAGAAGUCAUGGCCGUAGGACGGCCUCAGGGUACAGCAGUGUAUAAAGUGGCAGAGUACGCUCGCAGGUUUGGUGUUCCUGUUAUAGCUGAUGGAGGAAUCUCGGCUGUCGGUCACAUCAUUAAGGCACUGUCUCUCGGGGCAUCCACAGUGAUGAUGGGCUCAAUGUUAGCCGGAACCAGUGAGGCACCCGGCGAGUAUUUCUUCGCCGAUGGGGUGCGACUGAAGAAGUACAGAGGUAUGGGUUCUCUAGAUGCCAUGGAGAAACACAAAAGCAGCCAGAGUCGAUACUUCAGUGAAAGUGACAAGCUGAAGGUAGCCCAGGGCGUAUCUGGCUCGAUAGUGGACAAAGGGUCCAUCCACAAAUUUGUGCCCUAUCUGAUCGCGGGGAUUCAACAUGCCUGUCAGGACAUUGGAGCUCGGAGUCUAUCUAACCUAAGGUCAAUGAUGUACUCGGGCGAGCUAAAGUUUGAGAGGAGAACCACUUCAGCACAAAUUGAAGGAGGUGUACAUAACUUGCACAGCUUCGAAAAAAGGUUGUACUAGAAGCAGCAAUCCCAAGCAAUGGAAGUUAGAAAGAUGACAACAUUCCGAUCUUUUGGGAAGAGUUCAACAGACUACUAAGCAACAAGGGAGAUAAUUGAAGCCACAAGGGAGAUAACUUGUGUUUCAGUAAAUGUUGUACAGAAGAAUGAAUGUUGCAGAGAAAAAUCAGCUCUUUGUUGUGACGGUCUGUACAGUAAGAGGACGUACACUGGGUGCUAUUUAGGUUUUGAAUGAUUAUACCGUAUUUAUCUGGCAAUAAGCUUAUGCCUGGUAAGAAAGCUGGACCCUGUAUGUUGCAGUUCAGUAAAAAUGCAUUUCCUUGUUCUGCAAUAAACCCAUAGCCCUAUUUUCAGUCAAAAUUUUAUGUGUUUGCCCUCUGGGCUAAUUUCAGGAUAAAUAUGUCUAUUAAGUGGCAAUAUAUUAUCUGAUAUCCUGACUAUUUUGAAUCUAUUUUUUACAGAGAUUCAUGGCCAGACAUUUGUUUUACAUGAAAGUGCAUAUAUUACAAGAAAUCCCUAAGGACAGAUAUCAGCAGUAUCAAUAUGCUUUUGAUUUCAACUUUAUCUAAGUCAACUGAUAGUCAUUAUUACACUGUAAUUCGGGCCAUAUAUUCGUCGGUCGUUGAAUUGAUUUCAUUGUUCUGAAGGGACAUUGUCGUAAAAUCUAUUCUUGGUCAGUUGUGGAUAAGCAUUAUAUGAUUCAUGCCUAAAAUUUGAUGUGCUAAACCUUUAGAAUAUGUUUAUUCAUGCAGUUCAAUGAUUAAUGGUUUUUUUUAUGGAUUCAUACUUUUGAGUUGUUUUCUUUUUUCUUUCUUUUUUUUUAUAAAAAUGAUGGCUUUUCAUCAGUUUGAAAGGCCAAAAUAAGUUAUUCCAAUAUUUCAUUGUUCUUCCGUCAGAGUUUUUUUUAUAAAAAGCUUCUUAAGAACUACAUAGUCAUAUUAGGGUAAUCAUGUUGGGGUAUUAUCACACACAGUUUAUCAGAGUUUAAGAUACUAUCAGGUUUUGUUCAAAUGAAUUACCUUGACAUAUGUACAGUAAGGCCACAUGGAUUAAAACUACCUGGACAUAUGGUAGGGUCACGGGGGUCAAAUGUGAGCAAUGACAUUAAUCUGGCCAAGAGCUGUGACUUUUAGGGUUAAAUUUUCUCUCUUAUAUCCUCUCAUUUUAUUUUUUGUCGUCUAAGACACCUCUGUUUGGCACAUUACCAGAAUUACCUAGCCAACUGAAAUAUGAGAGCGACUCUUUUCAUUUGCAUUCAGAUUAAGAGCUAUCAGAUUUGUACAAAUAAAUUAUUCUGGGCUAUUCAUCAGUACCAAAUGAAGCUCCUGUUUUGUCAUUUGUGUAUUAUAAAUAUGUUGGAGCCAAGUGUUGCAAUUGUGAUAAUAUAAGAGGAUGUUUCACAGCAAUUUGUCAUAUUUGACACUAGACAGUCUGGAUUAUAUUUAACAUAUAAUGUAUUUCCUAUGAGAGAAGCAAUUCACUAGAGGAAUUUACUUCAUCAUUGUUUCUUAAUAUAUGAAAAAAUCCGAAAUUUGCAAAAAAAUAUUGACCUUGAAUAAAGACUGGUUAGAUAUGACAGAUUGCCUAUAAGAAUGUAUUGUUUUAUCUGGAUUUCAUAUAUAGUGUCCUAUUGUUUAAUUGGUUUAUUGCUAAACUUUUAUUUACUGAUCAGAAUCUCACUACAAAGUGCUAUUGUCGUAAUUUUGCUAGGAAUAUUAUACAAUUAUUUUUCACGACUGCUUCAUCAUAUAUUAAAUCUCAUUAAGAUGCAUUGAAAUGAAGAUCACCUUUGAUGAAUUCACAUUCUCAGAUUAAAAGAAUAUGGAUGAUUUGUAGUUUAUCAGCACUGACUGCAGUAGAAAUCUUAAAGGCAUCAUUUCUAUUUUUUCUUUUAACAGUGAAUGUAGAUCAUGUCAAACAUGGAUUUUGUUCACUCUAAUCUAUACAUAUGCAGGGCUGGAACUUAAAGGCACUUUUCGCAAGAGUUUUGAUGUAUAAAUUCUGUAUGGAGGUUGUGUAGAAUUACAAACUUUGAUUAAUAUUUGGCAUAUUUAGUAGAUACCUAUAUGGUAUGAUUAUUUCUAAGAUUAAAGAACUCUUUGUUAAAUAAAAUGUCAGUCAGAAGAUUUUGUACUCAAAAUGGAACUAUUGGCAAUAUAGGUUCAAUAUAAACGGAAAAUCAGAAAAAAAAGAAACUAGUUUUUCAACAGUAUGUAUUCAUCAUGGCAAUUGUGUUCCUUUAAUUUCUAGCUCUUAUCACUAUAGGGAAAGGACCAAAGGUGUUAUUGAUAUUAGGGCCAAAGCAAUAUAUACUAGACUUUCUUUACAUUACCAUCGAUUCUGUGAGCCAAUCACUAGUACGGCAUACAUUACCAUCGAUUCUGUGAGCCAAUCACUAGUACGGCAUACAUUACCAUCGAUUCUGUGAGCCAAUCACUAGUACGGCAUACAUUACCAUCGAUUCUGUGAGCCAAUCACUAGUACGGCAUACAUUACCAUCGAUUCUGUGAGCCAAUCACUAGUACGGCAUACAUUACCAUCGAUUCUGUGAGCCAAUCACUAGUACGGCAUACAUUACCAUCGAUUCUGUGAGCCAAUCACUAGUACGGCAUACAUUACCAUCGAUUCUGUGAGCCAAUCACUAGUACGGCAUACAUUACCAUCGAUUCUGUGAGCCAAUCACUAGUACGGCAUUAGUUAGUGCUACAAGAGGGACCAUGUGAAAAAAACUACAACAGCAGUCGUGCAAUCCGGUUUUACACCUGUCUGAUAUUGAUCUAUAAUAAUCUAUAUUAUACCUAAAUAAUUUAGCUUACAAUAGUUAUACAUGUAUUCUGUGAUCUUUGACUCAUUUAAUUUACAUAAGCCUGCAGGUAUUUACAUGUUUGCAGGUUAACACAACCCUAGUCCAAGAGAAGCAACGUCAGAAUUUCAUUUGUCAGUUAAAAAAAGGGUCAAUUUAGUCAACAAAAGUUGAAAUUUCCAUAAUUAAUGUUCCAUAUUUACAAUAUUCCAUACAAUGUUCGCUGAAAAAAAUGAUGCAUUACAUUUUGGGCUCCGAGAUAAGUUUAUGGUCAUAGAGAGCUGAAAUCCACUACCUUAGAGAACUGUUUUCUCUUUUCAUCACUGAAGUAGAUGUGAGACUAUUUAGGUAGAGUUGCAUUCCAGUCGUUAACUUAGAGAGUAAAAGUGAUUUUAUAUAACUUGCUUAACAGCAUCUUAACUUUGAAAGUGAAAGUGAUUUUAUAUCACUUUCCUGCCAUUAAACAUGUUUCCUUUAACAAUUCUUAAUCUGGUACAAGUGUUUAACAGUAAGUUAAUUAGUUACUAACAAUUGAAUUCAUCAAUCAUAACUGUUUCAGUCUUCAUGAUAAGGGUGUGAUAAGUAUCUGUAUAUCUGCUAUACAUUAGCAAGGCACUGUAUAAUUAGUCUCAUUUCAUAUUAAAACCGUACAAUUUUCAUACUUAUUUAAAUGUUUUGAAGCCAACAUAAACAUUCAAUAACUACAAGUAAAAUGCUUUCAUUGCUCCACAAAUUUUAAGCUUCUUGAAACCUUGUAUGAAUUUAUUGUCAUUCUUAGGAGUUUGUAGCCUUAGUUUUAUUUUUGAUUAUUAUUUACAAGCUUAUUUCACCUAUUUGCCUUAAUUUUUGUUUGCCCCCAUUUGUUUGCCUCGCGACAGGAGUCUGGCGUUGCCUUUUGCCCCUAUUAGUUUGCCUUGCGUCAGGAGUUUGGCGUCGCGAUUUUGCACCCAGAUCACCGUUCAUACAUUUUGAAUUAAAACAUUGAUUUACAAAUAAUUUUAUAUAUGUUCUACGACUGAAGCAUUUACGAGUUAAAUUUAUCUGGAUUGUUUUUCCUUUUCAUAGAUAGCUUGAAACAUGAAAAAGAGAUUCCACAAUUACUGCAUUUGAUUUGAAAAACCAUUGAACAGCAAUGUAAUGGAUAUUGAUUUAGGUAAGAAGUUGUUUCAGUACUUCCAUAUUGCAUGAUGGGAAGCUUAAGUGCAAUGCGUUUCUCAUCAAGCCACAUCUUUUAUGUUUUCUCGAAUUUAAUGAAUAGUCUGCCAAUACUGCCGCCAUUGUUCCAUAGUGGUUAAUGUUUUUCGUGCAUAUUUUUCCCGCAUUUAUGAAUUGUAUAAGAUUCCUUAUUAAAGAAUGUUACGAGCAUUGCAAAUAUACUCUUCACUACAAUUGAACUCUAAAAAAAGCAGCACAUUUUUCAAAAAAACUCUAUUUGAACUGUUUACAAUCAUUAAUUAAUUCUUAAUUAAAAUUACCACCAUUGUUUUACAUGAAAUUUGAGUAUCAAGCUACGUCAUUGUACAAAUGUUGUCGGUCAGCUGUGGGAUUGAGAGUAACUGUAGUCACUGCUUGUAUUAUCAUAGUCAUCACAGUCUACAUAUAUUUUGCACACAAUUGUAUGUUACGUUUUCCUGAUGUUACGUUACAGGUGAAAAGAUUAUUAUCGCAAAAUGGUGUUGUAAUAUGUGAAAUUAGAUAUAAAAAAAAUGUUGUAUUGAUUUUUAUAUAUUAUUGUUCUUGUCUUGAAAUAUUUUUUGUCAUCUUCAAAAAACUGAAUUUAUUUUGAAUAUAUGUACAUGUGCGACUUUAAGGAUAUAAAUAACUACAAUGAAAUACAAUAUAACAAUAUUCUAUGUUAAUAAAUGUUAAUUGUUGGGUAUAUAUGCAUGGAUAAUUAGAUCCUGUCAAUAAUGCUCAUUUUGUUCAUCAAUAAAUAACUAUUAUUGAUA